AUGCUAGACCCCAAAAUUUCUCAUCUUGAUACAAUUCCCCGCGAGAUUCAGAGCAAGGACAAUUCGUCCCACGUUAUACCUUCCAUAGCUUACAUACCACACAACAAGUAUUUGCCAUUGUUAACGUCAAUUCAGCCAAAGUCUCGGCUAAGCCUAGGCGCUCCCAACGCGCUAGGCAAGCCAGUGCAGGAGAAUCCUGAUAUCGACAAAGUUACAGCUACAGUUCAUAAGCCUAGACGGCUUCAUUAUAUCCCCAGAUUUCUAUUGAAACGAUUCGUACCGCAGAGUUUAAGAGCAAAAGGUGCUUGGAGUAGGCUCCACAAGACAGGUCACUGGGGAGGUUCGAUAAACCGCUAUUCGCUUUCCCACCCAUCCAAGCUUCCAACGCGUGAGAUUGCAAAAUCCUACUACGUCAAAGACCUUUAUGUGACACAAAAUUCCAAAAACCCAUCAUACGAGUUAGAAAAUAAGCUUGGUGAUUUGGAAAACACUGUUAGCAAUAUCAUGUCAAGGCUUUUCAACACUUUGGAGAAGGAUGAAAUACCUACCAUAUACAAGAUGACGCGUGGGAACCUCAAUCUCCUGCAUAAAUUCUUGUACGUCAUGGGCUACCGCAAACCAUCAGUCGCAAACAUUUAUCGGCAACCAGACCCCGACGACCCCCCUGGGGAGGCACGUCUGGAAUAUCGCACCCAAGCUCCCAACGACCAGUGGCUUCAGCAACUACGCUAUAUUCUCGACACACCACAUUGGGAGAUUGUUGAGCAUGGACGCAAGGCAAAGAGAAAAAAGGCAGAGCUGGAUUUGAAAUUUCCGCAUAGAAGAUGGUCGGAAUUGGGCAAAGAUCUUGAGUCAUUGGAAGAAGGAUACAUGGAGGAGGCGGACGGGUGUUUCUUGGCUAUUUGGAGGGCCGCCGAAGGGGAGGAGUUCAUCAUCUCGAACGACUCUUUUGGUAUUCUCGAGGGCAAGAAGAGCUCUUGGGGCCCGAUCCACAGGUUCUAUGUCAUAUCCCCACAUGUUGCAAUUGUCAUUUGUUCUGUCGGCCUUGACCCGAGCUACAAUUGCGACCCGGAAAUCAAAGCUCGUUGUCAGAACUCGGUACUUCGGGGUGCAAAGCAUAGCCGCCCAAAAGUGACGCAUGCCGUUGAACCACCGGAUAUCAUGAGCGAUGAGGAGUUCCUAGAGUUCGAGUCAAAAUCUCACACCAGAGAGGAUGACACUAUGGAGUUUGAGGUUUCGACCCUCACAGUUGAAGAAACCCAUACUCUGAAUGCAGUAAUACUCGAAACCACCGCCGACGAUGGAACGAUUACAUAUUGUUCCGAGAAAGCGCUUCAACAAACUCUUGUCUCCUUCAAGGGAAACCCGAACUUUAGGAGCCAAAGUCGGUAUGAAACGCUAAGAAAGAUGCUAGGAGGAGGGAAAGAAGGAGACGGGGAUGGUAGUAUAUUUGAGCUCAGUCUACCACCAUCUGAACCGGAGCCACAGCUCCAAUUACAGCAAGACAAAUUCGGGGAUUCUGAAAGUAUUCCCUACCUGAACCAAGCAAUUUCUGGAGAUGCCGAUGCGCAUCAUCCGGAGGGGCCCACAUCCCCAGAGAAGGUCGUCGAGAAGCAUGGCUACAUGGUUUUCAAAUUGCUCCUUCUGAAUUUGAAAAGCAAGCAACUGCUAGUCGGUCGCUUAUUCGAACUCGCCAUCAUCAUCAUCAUCAUCAAGGCCUGGAUGGGAACUUACCCAUCCUGUUUUGGCUUUAAAUAA